AUGGAGCCUAAAGCGCGAAAACUGAUGUUUGUAGGCUACUCCAACGAGCAUAAGGCCUAUAGGCUGCUGGAUACGGGUUCGGGACGAAUCACCAUCAGCCGGGAUGUGAAGUUCCUGGAAGAUUGGCGCAUGUAUAGUGAAAACGGUGCCGAUCGGAAGCUGGAAGUUACUGAAUCGACAGUCGAGUUGGAGCCACUACCGGUUCCGGAAAUCACGCGUGAAGUGGCACCUGUGUCUGAAUCCGAAGAAGAACCUGAAGUUGAAGAAGACUUUGAUGGAUAUGAAUCGGCUGAAGAUCUCCCGGAAAAAAAAUUACAGUGA